GACGACUCCACAGUUCGACCGGCUGCUCCUCUCAGCUCAGCAAAGAUGCGAAGUUUGUUCUCCGUGACGACGCUGCUGCUGCUGCUGCUGCUAGCGCUGACGCUCCCCGCCGAGGCCAACCGGAGAGCCAAGAAUCACAAAGGUGGUAAACAUGAUAAAUCGCGGCUGGCGUCUGAGUGCUCCUCUGCAGAGACGCAGUACGGGAAGUGUGUCCCCGAACACGGAGACUGUGGAGACGGCCUGAGAGAGGCGACCUGCAAAGAUCACACCGACAAGAUUCACUGCAAGAUCCCCUGCAACUGGAAGAAGGACAUCAGUGACUGUAAGUAUAAGUUCGGCCCGUGGGGAUCCUGCGACGGCGACACCAACACUAAGAGCCGCCCAGGAACUCUGAAGCGAGCGCUGUUCAACGCCGAGUGUCUACCCACCGUCUCGGUUUCCAAACCCUGCUCCCCCAAAGUGAAGAAGACCAGAGGGGACAAGAAGUCGAACUGAAGGACGAAGAGAAGACCCUGAGCAAUCGUCUUCAUCGAACACAAACGACCCGAAAAACUCAUCCAAAACACACCAACCUUUGACUGUAUUCUGAUUUGAUGUUCUUUUGUUUUUUGGAUUAAAGCUGUCCCAGAAUCCUCCACUAGAUAAUAAUAAUAAUAAUAAAAAAUAAUAAUAAUAAUAAUAAUGAUACUUCUGUCCCUCGUAGAUUAUAGUUUGUUUUAACAGUACAUUUAGUCUUAAAAGCUUUUUUUAAAGUAGCUAAAGUUAAAUUAAGAUCCAAGACUUGUUCUGAUUGGCUGUGAAAACUCUCCGGAUGAUCCAGACUUUACACGUUGGAUUAUAAAGAGUUCUGUGUUUACUCCUGUUCAGAACCUCCUUUAAAAACUGUAUGAAAAAAAUAAAAUAGGAAUUGGAUGAAUCUGUAAUGGAAAAAAUAAAAAUCCUCUCUGAAAUCUAUUUUUUUGAACUAUAGAUUAUUGACGCUGCAAGAUGAAA